AUGGGGUGCUGCUGCUGCACUGCGGCGGCUUGCUGCGUGAUCAGUUCCUGCUCUCUAGCGCACCCCAGCAACGUGUCCAAGAUGUUGGAGCGCAUCGAGCUCCCUGAGCAGCGGCGAGUGGCCGCGGCGACGCUCGUCGAGGAGGCCAAGGCGCGGCAGGGAGUCGAAGCCGCGCUCAAGCACGCCAGGGAGCAGGACGCCAGGCUGCUCGGCGUCCAGAAGGCCAACGAGGCCAGGUGGAGGGAGCUGCACGAGCCGGGCACGGGGACGGGGAGGAACGCCGGGAAGGGGAUCGACGUCAUCAAGCGCCACCGCGAGCCCACCUUGAGCGAGCAGACAAUGCUCAUGCUGCGGGUUGCAAAGCAGCGCAGCUCCAGGCCGCCGGGCUUCCCUGACGAGCGUGAGCGCCAGCAGAUGGCGGUGGCGGAGGCCGAGAGGGAGAAGGAGCUAUUGAUGCGGCAGGCCGCGCCCACAAAGCAGCACGGCCACCACCUCGCCGCGCAGCACGGGGAGAUAGAGCCGCCGCGCAUCCCGGAGGGAACGCCGGGACAGGGCAGCACCUCGGUUCUGCUGGAAGCUAUGAUGCAGCUCGCCGACGCCACGGGCGAGCAGCAGCACCUUGUGCCGCAACACGCCGAGAACGAGCAUGCCAUCGGGCACGGCCACCCAGUUGACAUAUCCCAGGAGAUGCUGCAGCUGCAGGAGUUGUUGGACAUGGCAGAGCACGCUAGAAACCAGAAGAUAAUGAAGAAUGACGUGAUGACAGAGAUGGAGCAGUGGGACGCGGCGGCGGGGGUCGCGAGGGAGCAGGACGUGCUGACGAUGACGCAGCAGAUCCCGAAUGCUGCGUGGCAACACCAAGACCCCGCCCCGCGGUAUGCCGGGUUUCGUGAUGGGCCCCAGGAGAUGGCGCAGCAGAUGGAGGAAGCCUCCACGACGGAGCUUGCCAAGACGAUGGGCAACAUGUUGCAGCGAUUCGCCUAG